CAAGGUGUGCGUCAGAGGCGCGGCGCUUUACGGCUGCCCUGCUUUACCUACCCGCAAGCAUGGAGGCAGAGAAAUCCGAGAAGGGAGCCGCUGAGCUGGAACCUCUGGAAGGGAGUGAUCAGAAAUCAGAGGCAGAGGAGGAACAGGAGGAAUCCGAAGGGGCGGCUGGCGGCAGCAAGAAACGGGUAGUGCCAGGUAUUGUGUACCUGGGCCACAUACCGCCCCGCUUUAGGCCUUUGCACGUACGGAACCUUCUCAGCGCCUACGGCGAGGUCGGGCGCGUUUUUUUCCAGCCGGAAGACGGGUUCGUGAGGCGCAAGAAGAAGGCAGCGGCAGCCCACGCUGCGGGAGGAAAAAAGCGGUCCAAGUACAGCAAGGACUACACCGAGGGCUGGGUGGAGUUCCGGGACAAGCGAGUAGCCAAGCGUGUGGCGGCCAGUCUUCACAACACGCCCAUGGGCUCCCGCAGGCGCAGCCCCUUCCGUUAUGACCUGUGGAACCUCAGGUACCUGCACCGUUUUACCUGGUCCCACCUCAGCGAGCAUCUUGCUUUUGAGCGCCAGGUACGCAGGCAGCGCCUGAGGGCUGAGGUUGCCCAGGCCAAGCGUGAGACUGACUUCUAUCUUCGAAGCGUGGAGCGCGGACAGCGUUUCCUUGCCGCUGAUGGGGACUCUACCCGCCCGAACGUCUCCUGGGCCUUUGCCCAGCGUCCUACUGAACAGGAGCUGAGGGCCCGGAAGGCAGCUCGGCCAGGAGGACGUGAACGGGCUCGCCUGGCCAACGCUCAGGACCAGGCCCGCUCCAACAGAGGGCUUCUUGCCAAGAUCUUUGGAUCCCCCACCCCCUCAGCGAGCAUGGAGGACUCCUCACUGGUCAGGAACUCUUGAGGGGCAGGGAGGCCCCUUCCACCUCCUAGCCCAGCCCAGCGUCCUAUCUACCUGAUAAUGACUACCCAGGCAGACAUUUUAUUGUGUUUCUCAAACCAGGAGUGAGUGCUCAGACAUAAAAGUUUUGAAGGCCUCUCCUUCCCCCUCCAAUUCCUGUACAUGCCUCGCUGAGGCACUUAAUUCUUACUAGCAUGAUUAUGACUACUGCACAUGUC